UGUUUAGAUACUUUCAUAUAAGCAAGACAUCCACCACAGUCCUCGGUUACAUCAGUAACUCCCUGAAGACGAUCCACAAAGCAUGAAUGUAAGCACGAUUGCUGAGAUAUAGUUGGUAUGGCCACUGAAGAUCCCACAUCUACACUGGCUGCGGAAAAUAUUAGCACAGAUGUGACUGAAACAUUCAGACUUUCCCCUUUACUUCCAAGGAAUUACCUUAUAGCUCAUGCUGUGUUUGAAUCCAUAAUAGCUGUUCUUAUCGUUGGAGGGAAUAGCAUUGUGUUGAUCAGUAUUCUAAUUCAUAAGAACUUGCAUACUGUCAACAACUUGUUUCUCACCAGUCUGGCAGUUGCAGAUCUUAUUAUGGGAAUAUUUGUAUCCCCUCUCACGAUUCACAUUCUAUAUGUGAAACCUCUCAUUUAUGUUGAACACACACAAGACAAAUGGUCAUGUGUAAUACGUUUGUAUUUACUAACUAUGUCAUUUGGAGCAUCUUUGUUUAGUAUUUGUGGAAUUGCUUUGGAUCGUUAUAUUGCUAUCAUACACCCUUUGAAAUAUAGAAGUCUGAUGACUCGUCGAAGGGUCAUGGUAUAUAUUCUAUGUUUUUGGGUUUAUGUGAUAUCAACAUGCGCAUAUUUAUUUUCAGAAGGUAACAUUCAAUUUAAAGCACAUGAAACUUGCCGUACAAAAAAUGUUGUAUCACCACUUGUUUUUUCUGUACUGAAAAUCCAUACUUUCGUUGCUAUAUUUGUGAGUGUAAUGUCACAUUCUGUUGUUGCCAUGGUAGCAGCAAAGCAUAGAGCAAGGAUCAACUCUCAAUUGGUCAGGUUCAACAACAACAUGGCUGUUGCGCAUCGUAACGAAAACAAAAUUGCUAAGACGAUGACACUUGUUGUUGGGUUGUUCUUGCUAUGCUGGCUACCAUCAACAAUCAACUCACUUAUUAAAAGGGCAGAUUCGCCUGAUUGGGACAAAUCUCUUAGUUAUUAUUUGGUCGCUUUAAUGGUUGCAAAUAGUGCGGUGAAUCCCUGGAUAUAUGGCAUUGGGAUGAAAAAGAUGCGGAAAGCAAUGUUAAAUGUUAUGCAGUGUUCUAUGAAAAGAUCCAUAUAA